AUGGUGGCGAUUGCUUUGGCUGAUAUGCACGACUGUGGGCCUAAGAAGAAAGAGUUGAAGAAGUUUAAGGGCACUGCUGGAACUCAAAAUGCUGAGAGAAAAACAUAUGUUACUCAAGCUGAAAAGGUGAACUCAGCCUACAUGAAGGAUGUGGUUGCAGAGGAGAAAAAUAUUAUAAAGGUGGAUGAUGAGGCUGAUUCCGCAACGGUUGGGAAAUUUGAUCAGUUCUAUGAAGAUUUCGAGUUGUAUGAGACGUCGGAUGAUGGUGAACAAUACUACUCUGGAGGAUUCAAGAGCUUAAACACAAGUGAAUGGUACUCUUCACUGCUUCUGCAUUUGUAA